AUGUUAGCCUUUACCUUUAUUUUACCAUUACACCCCCUUGGCCGGGGGCACGAAAACGCUUUUUUGCCGGAGCAUUUAUUAGCAAUCGAGCGAAUUACAAUAAACGGAACCAACGGUUUAACACCAACCCGGCACCGCUAUAAAAAACAUUUACGUUUUAUAUAUAUUUUGCGCAUGCAUGUUACGGCCAACAACCACCCGGCCGGGACAGAGGCCAGGGAGGCGAGGGGAUCACAGGUCACCACCCUGGGAGGGAUGGAGACAGCCUUGUCAAGUCACGUGCUACUGUUCGAUACUCCUCUGGUGCCCUACCUUAGGAGCAAAGACCUGACUGUAACAAUGCAACGCAUAUGCAACACAUGUACAAUAAUUUAA